UUGCGGUCGCUAGAGAAUCACGAGCACGGCACUAAAUCCUAAGAACAUUAUUAAUUUAUUAAACAAUUACAUUGUACCUAUAUCACAACAGUGAUGAAAUGUUUAAAAACUAUGACUAUAAAUAUAAUAGAUUUUAUUUUUUAUGAUCAGUAAAAAUUCUACAUUUAUAAUUCAAUAUUCGUACUUCCUUUUAAAUAUGUAUUUUUAAGUAGCAAUACUUAAAAAUCCGCAACGUACACACAAGCCGUUUUCAUUGGUAAAAAUUUCUGUAGGGUAGAUACAAGCCCCUGGUCUAAUCAUUAACGUGCACAUAAUCUGCACAAGAGUUUCCUAUCUGUUCUCAGACCAAAGAUUUUUUACUACACUGCUCUCUAAUUUUACUACAAUGUUAACAUGUUCGACAUAUUGUACUGUUUAUUCCUUAUACAUUUUGUGUGUGCUUUAUUUCUCCGACUCGAUAAUAACAAAGGUAAUACCGGCCACUAGAACGAUACAUGUCAUUUGUAGACUUAAACCUGUCGUAGUCUAAAUAUUCUGUUAUAUUUUCCUUCUCUGGCAAUCGGUUGUUAUUUUUACGACCACUUGUGGCAGUGUCAUGUCCAAGAGACUCAUACUGGAGACAUAGAUAUCGAGCAAAUUUUCAGUGGGUACCCUCUUUAGUAAACAAGAAGUGACCUCAGAACUGUCGUACAAGGAAUGCAUGAAGGCCCAAUGAACAUUUCUAGUUUAGCAGUCUGACUGUACCUAAUAGUGAAUUGCCUCAGCAUGGUUUACAUUUAACAGAAAAUUACAGCUAAACAAGUCUAAGUAUAUUUCCGUAGUAUUCACCGUGCAUGUCAGAUAAAAUAUGGCUACGGACAAUACACAAGGUGAGAAUUUACAUGUCUCGCACGACACCGAACAGCAGAUGACUCCACACCAUAAAGAGCGUCCUGGCUACAGUACAGUUAUGAAUACCACACAGAAACCGUUGACUGAAGAAGAUGAUUAUCAGGAUGGCAUAGACGGAGCGGAGGUUGUAAAGACAGACUAUGUUGAUAUCACUGAAGAAUCGAAAGCUAAUCAAAUAAUAUGCUGUGAUGAGGUAAUUGAGCUCUUGAAGCAGUAUGAGGCUUAUGAAACAAAGAGUGAUUUGGCCAUAGGACCCACAGUUGUACAAGGAGAGACCAUAUUUGAAACUGCUGGACCUUCCAAACCUGACUCUGAACGAGUUCUGUAUAAUAAGGAUGAGGAUAAAGUUCAUUCAUGUGUGGUAUGCAGUAAGACAUUUGAGACCUACAAUACACUGAAAUACCAUAUGACAGUCCAUACUGAACAGGAAAUAUAUUCGUCUAAUGAAAAGCCAUAUACUUGCGAUAUAUGUAGUAAAUGUUUUAAACUAAAAUCAACAUUGAAACAGCAUUUGAUUAUACAUACUGGUGAUAAGCCAUAUAGUUGUAAUGUAUGUAGUAAACGUUUUAACCAAAAAUCAAUAUUGCAACGGCAUUUGCUGAUACAUACUGGUGAGAAGCCAUAUAGUUGUGAUGUAUGUAAAAAAUGUUUUAGUGAUCCGUCAACUUUGCAACGGCAUUUGUUGAUACAUACUGGUGAGAAGCCAUAUAGUUGUUAUGUAUGUAAUAAAUGUUUUAACAGAAAAUCAACAUUGCAAGAGCAUUUGACGAUACAUACUGGUGAGAAGCCAUAUAGUUGUGAUAAAUGUAAUAAAUGUUUUAACAAUAAAUCAAAACUACAACGGCAUUUGGUGAUACACACUGGUGAGAAGCCAUACAGAUGUGAUGUAUGUAAUAAAUGUUUUAACAGAAAAUCAACAUUGCAAGAGCAUUUGUCGAUACAUUCUGGUGAAAAGCCAUAUAGUUGUAAUGUAUGUAAUAUAUGUUUUAACAAAAAAUCAAUUUUGCAACGGCAUUUGCUGAUACAUACUGGUGAUAAGCCAUAUAGUUGUGAUGUAUGCAGUAAAUGUUUUAAACGAAAAUCAACAUUGAAACAGCAUUUGAUAAUACAUACUGGUGAUAAGCCAUACAGUUGUGAUGUAUGUAAUAAAUGUUUUAACAGAAUAUCAACAUUGAGACAGCAUAUGUUGAUACAUACUGGUAAUAAACCAUAUAGUUGUAAUGUAUGUAAUAAAUGUUUUUACAGAAAAGCUGCACUACAACGGCAUCUGUUGAUACAUACUGUUGACAAGCCGUAUUAAAUGUAUAAUUCAUGUAGAUGUAAGUAUUUAUAAGACAAGAUAAAGUUCAGAGGUACAAACAGGGACACCUUAAGUACCAAGCAUUAUGUUUGACAUAUCACUUGAUUAUAUAUAUUGUGGAAGGCAAUAGAUGUUAUUGUACAUAAUAUGUAAAAGAGUGUAUAACGUAACAAUUUUGAUCAAUUUAUUAUUACAUAAUAUGAAACUAAUGGUUUUCCUUACUACUUACUUGGUGGAACGCGUGACGAGUGUGGCAACUACGGACAAACCCCCUAUGUGUGUAGAAGGUUGUGUUAAGCAAUGGAUAUUAAAGAUUAAUGAAAAACAUUUAUUGGUCGCAAAUACAAGUUGCACAAUCGAAUUAUUUGUGUUUGUUUGAUGGUUGAUAUAUGUGAUAUGGAGCAAUUUUUUAAAUAAUUCCGAUAUGAAGAGAAAACCUUUUAUUUUAUUAUAAUAUAACAAGCAAA